ACAUAACAUCAACAAACAUCUCAACAUCAACAAACAAAACUACAUCAACAACAUCAACAAACACAUAACAUCAACAAACGUAUUAUUGUUAAUCAUUGUAUUUCAUCAACGUUACUUGAACCGACUUUUGCACUGAAAUGAAAACAUUUUAAUGAGAAGACCACACCUGUCAUCGUCACAUUUGAGUUGAGCUUAAAUAUCAAGAUCGCCAUCGACACAACAACAACAACAAACAAACUAACUAAAGAACAACAACAUCACGCUAACAGAAAUAUUACCACGAUAACAACAUCAUAACUACUUUAACAACAAGAACCACAGCAACAACUGCAACACCGGGAACAACAACUACAACAAUUGUAACAACAACAUCAACAACAACUUCAAAACAAUAUCAAAGAUGAUCUUCCGGCAAGCAUAAACUCCAGUCAGAAUUCCUGAUCAACAAGAGUCGCCAUGACAACGCAGCCAACGAGGGUGGUGUUGGUUUCUUGCGGCGGAUUCAACCCCAUCAACUUCAUGCACCUCAGGAUGUUUGAGUUAGCACGUGACCACAUGAAUAGCACGGGAAGAUACAGGAUCAUUGGAGGUAUCAUAUCACCGAUGUCCAUCAAGCUGUCCCACAAGGAUGCAACAUCAAUGCAGCAGCGGUGUUCCAUGAUCAAACAAUCACUUGCCACUUCUUCCUGGAUCAGACUUGACACGUGGGCAGCUGAUCAGCAACAUCACGUGAACACGUUGACCCUGUUACGUCAUCAUUUUGACGUCAUUGAAACGACAUUGAACUUCAACCAACUUGACCCUUAUACUCCGACGAAAAGAAAAUGCAAUGGAGUUUUUAAAUACACAAGCGCUGGUUGGUUGUUUGAAUGUUUCAUGUUACAUAUUAAAGCUAAUACUUUGAUAAAUGUGGAGUUGAUGCUGCUGUGUGGUGCCGAUGUUCUGCACGACUUUAACGAACCCAACUUGUGGAAUGAAAAGGAGGUCGAAGAAAUUGUGAGUAACUUUGGUUUGGUGGUGAUAACCCGCAUGGGCUUCAACCCCCAACACUCCAUAUACGACUCGGACGUUCUAUCCAAAUAUAAGAACAACAUCCACAUUGUGCCUGAUUGGAUUGCAAAUGAUAUGUCUUCAACGAGGAUUAGAACCGCUAUCCGUCGGAAGCAAUCGGUAAAGUACCUGCUACCAGAGCAAGUCAUUGACUACAUCGGCAGACACCACCUCUACGCGCCCCUUGCCACCAAAACGCCAGACGCCGUAUCUCCCACUACGACUGCCGAUGUCAUGUUAUCGUCCAGUUACUCGGCACCAAGUUACCACGGAUACUCGAGCACUUCCAACAUCGUCGAUGCGUUAGUUCAAUUUCAACCCUUUUUAACGUUGCUUCACACAAAAAACUUUUCAGUUACAGAUUCCCUGUUGAGUGAUAUAUAUGUAAACAAUAUAUUUUAUGCAUAG